AUGCCACAAUCAACACUCCCCACUGAUUGGACUUCCAUAAGAGCAACUCCAUACAAAUCAAUAAAUUUCGAAUCAAUUGAUCAAUCAAAUAAUCAUUAUGAUGAUUUUAAUAAAUAUUUAAAUAGAAUUAAUAAUGUUGUUAAUAAAAUUGAUAAUAAAGUGGAAAAAUUAGAAAAUGGGUUUAAUGGAUUGAAAAAAUGUGAUAAGAAUCUUGAUUGGAUUGAUCAAUUAAAGUAA